UGUGGCGCGGUUGCCAGGGGAGCGACUUCAAAAAUAGUGUAAGAAUAACAUCAACAAAAUCGUAACAACCUUGCCUAUGGCUGUAUCAACGGCGCAGAUGGCGAUGGAGGCGGCAGCUAUGCAAGAUGCUAUCGCUGCCACUAUGCUUGCAGACGAGGGAGCUGCGCUGGAGAUCGUGCGGAUGCACAAGCAACAGAUGGAGGAGCUCCAUAUUGCGCUUAUCCAACAUAGAGGCAAUCUGCCAGCCGAUCUUCUCGAGGAGGGUGAGGAGUUGGUUAGUGGCUGGGACGAGAUGCUCCAUGCAGAUCUCUCGUCUCAUCGGCUGGGUGAGACUGAGAAGGCGCAGGUGAUGGCGGAGUUGGGUGCUUGUGCUGAAGUGCUCAUGAAAGUGAGGAGAAUUUUUGACGAACUCAGAGAUGAGCUCUAUGGGAGUUCGAGGCGUGAUAAAGUGAAAGGGAGCUGCUGCGUAGGGCCUGAGGAGGGGCAGGUGCUGCGUACUAUGUUGCUGGAGGAUCCGGGCGAAGCGAAGGGUGUUCUUUGUCGUGGGAGGCCUGAGGAGGGGCAGGGCUCUCCCGGCGAACCCGAGGAGCGUGAUAACGGUGCGAGUACGACCGGCAGUCACGCCAACACUAACGUCAGCACAGUCAGCAAAGACAUCGCCGCCGACUUCAUGAACAACACUGUCUGCAGCAACAACAAAAACAACAACAACAACAACACAGACAGAAGAAAUGACAUCGAGCAUGACGACAAUGUUUGCAUGGAUAAAUACGACGAUAAGAGAGACUGUCGCGGUAUCGUUCUCACUGGAGCGGGUAUCUACAAGGAAAAUAAUGAUGAUAUCGUGCACUCUGGUGACGGGGUCAACCACAUCAGUUGUGAUGAUGAAAACAGUGAUAUCAACACUAAUAACAGCAUGGUUGUUCCCCCCCGAGUAUGCAUCCUCAUCAGCCAGGGCGCCAGAGAUGGAGUCAAGUCCGCUGGGAGGGCGACGGCUUUGCGCAAGCUUAACAUGAUGUGGGCCUUCCAGUGCGAGUGUAAUAUCACAGAAGGCUCGCCAUGGGAUCCGGGUGGGGUCGGGGGGGAGGGUUGGAGGCAUUGCUGCUGGGGAUACCUCACGCCUCCUUGCAUGCCAUGUGAAUCUGCGAAUGAAGGUGCGCGAGUGGGGGUGGAUAGGAAGGCCAAAGGAUGGUCAUCUAUAAUGGGGCCGCGGUGUUGGCUCGGCAGCGUAUGAGGGUGGGAUCAUGCGUGUCGGACCUGUGCUGUCUGAAGCUCCUUGCAGUCGCUUAUAACAAUAGA